UGGUGUUUGCAGUCAGAGAGUCAAAGGCAAGUGAAGGUGGAAGGACAGACGGAGCGACCCAGCGCGAGCAGGGCGGCCGCCGCAGACAGACGCACGGACAGUGCCAUGACGGAACUCCAAGAGGUGCAGAUCACGGAGGAGAAGCCGCUUCUGAAGGCCCCAGGAGGACCUGAUCCGGGCAAGGAUGUUGAACUGCUAACAGCCAAACUUCUGCAGGAACAUGGCCAGAAACACCAAGUGGAAACACCAUAUGGGAUUGUCACAAUCACCAUUCAUGGGACACCUAAGCCCAAACGCCCGGCCAUCCUCACCUACCACGAUGUCGGACAAAAUCAUCAUUCGUGCUUCGACACCCUCUUCCACUUUGAGGACAUGCAAGAGAUCAUAAAGAACUUCGUGGUGAUCCAUGUGGACGCGCCGGGCAUGGAGGAGGGUGCCCCGGCCUUCCCUCUGGGGUAUCAGUAUCCUUCGCUGGACCAGCUGGCUGACAUGAUACCCUGCAUCCUGCAAUAUGUCAACUUCACAAGCAUCAUUGGAAUUGGAGUGGGGGCUGGCGCAUACGUCCUGGCACGUUACAGUCUCACUCACGCUGACACGGUGGAAGGUUUGGUUCUGAUCAACAUCGACCCAAAUGCCAAGGGCUGGAUGGACUGGGCAGCCCACAAGCUGACCGGCCUUACAUCUUCCAUCUCUGAGAUGAUUAUGGGACAUCUCUUCAGUACAGAGGAACUUUCCAAGAACACUGAGAUGGUGCAACAACAGCGGGAAAUCCUGAGUCAUGCGACCAAUCUGCCUAAUAUUCAGCUCUACUGGAGUAGCUACAACAGUCGCAGAGACCUGAGCCUGGAGCGUGGCGGAGACAUCACCUUCAAAUGUCCUGUGAUGCUGGUGGUGGGAGACCAGGCCCCUCAUGAAGAUGCUGUGGUGGAGUGUAACUCCAAGUUGGAUCCCACCCAGACCUCUUUCCUCAAGAUGGCAGAUUCAGGGGGACAACCACAGCUGACCCAGCCUGGGAAACUGACUGAGGCCUUCAAGUACUUUGUGCAAGGCAUGGGAUACAUCCCUCAUGUACUGGACAAGAAACUGAGUCAGGGUGGCCUCAUCCUGCAUGACGCGCCUGUCUCGCUCACGCACCGCCUCUCUGUCCAGUGCCGCCUCGGGGGACGGGAACAGGUCCCGCUCGCGCACCCUGUCCCAGAGCAGCGAGGCAGGGGCACCCCAGCCUCCGGCCCCCACCAUGGAGGUGUCCUGCUGAGCUCCAGGGCAGGGGACGAGACCGCCUCCCACCACUGAACAGGACUUCUUCUGCUAUCCCACAAUGCACUCCGGCCACUGGGCCAUGUGACGAUCUCCCCUAACGGUACUAAACAUCCAGGGAGGCCCAGAUGGGAUGCAAUGUACUCUCUUUUUUUAAAAAAGCAAACCUUAACUGCCCUCGACCCUUUCUUCUCAACCAACACAUACACAUCUCUCUCUUCAUCUCUACCUACCCCAGACUCCACUCUCUUCUCUCCCCUAAUCUAAAACUAGUGCCAGCCCCACCCCACUUUCCUUAAUGACCCUCCUCAACUAGGGAGAUACAGACUGAAUACUAUCAACUUUCUAAAUGAUUAAAUGCUCAGCACUUAUUAGGAUUCCUCAUUUGUUCUCCAUUUCUUUGCACACUGAGUUCUCUUAACAAGGGAGGUCUGGAAUAUUUGUGUUUUUUUCUCCCUUCCGUCUAAACCGUAUAACUAACUGUUGUCCCUCCCCUGGUUUCUGAGCGAUACGUUUUCUUGGUGUCGCCUAAAUGGGGAUCAGUGUGUCUUGCUAGCUUUCCUUCUCAAUCUCUCUUCCCUCUGGAACGAACAUAGGAACAAGUAGGACUUUCACAAGAGAGACUUGAGCCCCAAUAAGGACUGACGUUGCUGCUGUCAGGCCAGGAUAAUGCUCCCAAAACAGGGGUGACUUUUUCCUCCCCUUUCUUCAUCCCUCUGCAUCCCCCCAUCCUUCUCUGCUUGAGUCUCCUGUCCUAACACCUUUCCAUCUCCGUCUGGCCUGGUUGGUUCUAAUUCCUUUAUGGGGCUUACACAUAAUUCCAUUCCCCGCCCUCCAUGAUCCUGCACUCUUCCUCCAUCCUUCAUUUCUUUUACAGCCCUUACCACCCCAUACAUACAAACGUGCUUUUGUUUUAUAUCCCCAAAUCCAGUCCUCUUCCUCCCCGUAAGGCAAAAGCUACAUUUCUUACCUGUUCUCUUUCUUCUCCCCCCCCCCCCCGUCCUCAAAACUAAUCCUUUGUAGAUGGUAGCCGCUUUGUGAUGUGCAUGUAUGGUUUCUGCUAAGACAGCAAGCGAUUUUGGCGAAUAGGGGCAUUUUAGGAGGCUGGGUCAGGUUGAAUUGGGGGGGAAGAGGUUUCUCUGGGGGAGGGUGGGAUGGUUCCUCUUAGGAUGUUUCAGGGGAAUGAUGGGGUGGGAAAUGUUUGAGCCAGAGUGCGCUGUUGUGACGGUGCCAGGUACAGAUGGCAGUUGGCUACAAGUGGUUUUGGCUUUGUGUAAGAAGAGGAGCGGAGGAACCUGUGAUUAGCUGUGAUUUUCUUUUCUUCAAAUAAGUGCUGACUUUUGUGGGUUCUGGCUGCCGGCUUUGAGCAGGGCUCACGUGGUGCCAUGGAGGGUAACUAUUGUGUCAGCUUAUUCUAUAAAGGGAUUCCAACUGUACCAGUUCUGUGAAUGUUACUGGCUGUAUUUAAAAAAGAAAAUACACACACAUACACCUUUAAAUAUAUAGUAGCACUUUUUGCCACAUUGCUCUCUCAGAAUAAGGAAUCCAAAAUAAAUAAGGUAAUUUUUUUUCCUUUGGAUCAGCUAUAGUGAGAGUAAUCGGCAUGUAAACUUUUGAGAGACACAGAAUGCCUCAUCAAACUGCAGAGCAAAGAGUUCUGUGUCACCCAGAAGCUGGAAUACUCCCACCCCAGAAGACGAUGGUCCAAUUAGAAAGUCACCUUACUUAUUCCUUAAACCUGAAUAGGCGCUGGGAAGUAAUGGCUCAGCUGCCUGUGUAAAGGGGCAUUGAUGAAAUGGGUUCCAGCUGGAAUUCUUAGCUCCCGCAUGUAAUGGGAUCUUGUUGUAUUUGAGAAUGUGUGAGCUCUGUUUUUUUUCCCCCAGAGCAGUCGAUGGUGAAUACCGACUCUAACAAUAAAAUCUCUAGAGGAAUGA